AUGGUGCUUGAGCUGCACGUCUGGGGACCAGCUUUCGAGCUGCCCUCUCUUGAUGCACAAUGCCUGGCUGCAAUCCUCUACGUGCGCAGCUGUUUCCAGAACCGGGACUGGGUGCUUGUCCCGUCAAGCAACCCGCGCGUCAGUCCACUUGGAGAACUCCCUGCCCUGCUUGACGGUGAUGUCUGGGUUGCUGGGUAUCUCAACAUCAUCAACUAUCUGCGCGAUGUCUCCGGUGGCAAAUGGGACCUCAACCAAGGGCUCGACGCCCAACAGCAAGCCGACAAGGCGGCAUUAACAGCCUUCAUCAUUUCUCGUGGCCAACCACUCCUCGACCUGAGCCUCUAUGUCAGCAGCGACAACUACCACAAUUGCACCCGACCCGCAUUGGCAACUAUGCUGGCGUGGCCGAACAGCUGGACCAUGCCACAUCGACUGCGUGAACAAGCAAAGAAACGAUCCGAACACCUGGGCUUGAGCAGUUUAGACGUGGACACGGCGCAAGAGGAGGAGGCCAAGAAGGAAAACUUGGGCUUGACUGCUCAUAUACCUAAAUCUCUUCGGAAACCAAAACAGACAGUCUCUGGUCUACUUGGUCGAAACCAGCAGAAGAACCGUUUUCGCUUGGACGCAGUCACGGAUGAUUUCUUCGAUCCACUAAGCGAAAUGCUGGGCGAGAAGACAUCGCUGCUUGGUGGCCCUACAAGUAGUGCCGACUGUCUGGCGAUCGGCUAUUUGGCGCUUAUGCAGAAACCCCAGCUGCAGCAUGGGUGGUUGAGCGAGUCCCUCCGGACGAAGCAUAAAAGGUUGGAUGAGUGGGCACGAAGGCAGGCCGCUGAGCCAUUCGGCACGUCCACUAGUAAAUUACAAACGUUGCCAUGGGAAGCGUGUGCUCCGAGAAGCGGUCCACAAAUUUGCCACGAGGUUCUGGAAGGAUGUAUUGGCUCCUUACCCGUCGUCGGAUCUUACCUCUCGGUAUCGGAGAUCUCGUACCUGCAUGCAACAGAUCGUGGUCGAUAUAGAGAGAAACACUUUCAAGUGGCCCGGUUGCAGCGAGGGCAAGACGUCUACAUUGACAUCCUCACAGCCACUUUGGCGUCGGCAGGGCUAAUCUCGUGGUUGAUAUAUGAAGGCAUGCUACGGUUUCCUCGAUGGAGCCGACCAACGCCUAGCCAAAGACGAUUUGGCGAGGCUGGAGCUCUUCUCGGCCUGAGCUGA